UUCAGUUGGCUGUGGGUGAGGAGCCUAUUAGUAUUGUCAACCCUCCCAUCACAUUCACUGAAUCAGAAAUAAGGGAUAUCACAAAUGAAGUCACAAUGAAAAGAGUUUCUUCCAUACAAUGUAUGGAUGACCAUGAAAUUGAGGUGCUGUUGGAUGAUACAGAAUUUCACACAGCAGAAUCCAUCAUUGAGGCAGAAAUCAAAGCCGCCUCAACUGAUACCUGCAUUGUUGAGGAGGAUAUUUAUGAGAGAGUAGAGGAAGAGCAGGAAGUGAUUAUUGCAGAGCAAGUGACCGAAAUGGCAGCCACUGAAGAGCAGAGCUCUGUUAAGGUUCAGGAGAUACUUGAAAAUAUGUUGGAAAGCUUAUCAGAAACAGCAAAGGAAUCAGAAGCUGCUGAGUCACACGGGGAGGAGGGAAAAUAUACAUCAAUUCUGGAAGACUCAAUACCAGCAAACAACUUAACAGAUGAACCACAGAUACUUAAGGAGCCUGAAACAGUGUCAGUGAAAAACAUAUCACAGGGCACAAGUAUAGAAAUGCCUUCAGAUGCUUCUAUUCGAGUAGAAGUGCAGUCCCCUACAGGGCAGGAAGCAGAAGAUGUACCCACACAAUCAGAAGCUACAAAGACAGAAUUAAGUGAUGUUCAUGUGUUAGAGGAAGCAGAGAUCACAGCAUUGACUGUGGUAUAUGUGGAUUCCAUUCCAGAGGAUGAUCAGAUUGUUGAAAGCAUUCCAUUGGAAGCAAUGGAGAGCCUUGAAAAUACUGGUGAACAUCAUAAAGAGGAGCAGGGACACAAAAUUCAGAAAUUGGAUGCAGCAACACAGGACAUGGAGGUACAAAUGGAGGAACAUAGUAAAGAAACUAUAAGAGAGGUUUCUCUGGGAGAAGGGAGAGGAGCAAUGGGGGUAGAUAACCAUCUUAAGUCACAGGCAAAGUCAGUGAAAGAUGACCAGAACCAGGUGGACAGUGAAAGAUGUUCACAAAGAGAGAGAAAUGUAGUUAUCAAGCUGCGACAUGAUGACAACCCUCUACGUCAUCAGAAUACCCAAGAUAUUGAAGUUUUUCUCAGCUAUGAAAAAGAAUAUGUGAUUAUUAAGCAGGAAGACAUGAAAGAUGUGUCACUUAAUGUUCAUGCACCAAAUGUUCCAAGUCAGUUGGAGGAUGCAGAAUACUUCCUGAGCCAGACUAGAGUAACAGAAGAAACUUCACAUCAAGUGGAAAUGAAUGAUGAAUAUACACAACAGGACUCACCACAUGAAUUACAGACUCUGGAAGACUCUGAGCAAACUACAGCGACAACAACCUUUGAGGCAGUGAGUGAAAUAGCAAAAUCACAGAACGCAUCUAGCCAAGAAGGCUCAUCAGAAGAGGUGAUGUGCAAAAGCGUUGAGUAUGGCAACAUCCUAGAGGCUGUCAUAAAAAAUGGAGGAGCCUUUCAUGCUGAGGCAACAAAACAUGCAUCAGCUAUAGAAGACAUCACAGACCACUUAAGGGAAGAUGCAGUGGCUAUGACAGUAGAGGCAACUGUGGAUGCAAUAGAAGAGCCAAAUUCUUCAGAGCUACCAGCAGCAUCUUGAAAUGUUCCCUCAGAUAUCUACAUUAUCUGUCUGGAAAAUGAUCUGACCAAACAAGCUUGAGAGACUGAUUCCAGGAGUGCAGUCCGCAACUGAAGGUCAUCUCCACCCUUCUGGCACCGCCUGCAAAUCUGUCCCACCCCACCUCUCCAGGAUCCACCUAUGUACUCAUCUGACCACACCCUUACUC